CGCUUCCCGGGCGCAGCGGGCGCGGAGGAGCGCGCGGGACGGCGGCGCGGGGACCGCACCUGGAGGGCCCGCAGGCCUCGCGUGCAGGCGGCGACAUGGAGGACGGCGUGCUCAAGGAGGGCUUCCUCGUCAAGAGGGGUCACAUUGUCCACAACUGGAAGGCGCGAUGGUUCAUCCUCCGGCAGAACACGCUGCUGUACUACAAGCUGGAGGGGGGUCGGAAAGUGACCCCUCCCAAGGGUCGGAUCCUUCUGGAUGGCUGUACCAUCACCUGCCCCUGCCUGGAGUAUGAAAACCGUCCACUCCUCAUUAAGCUGAAGACUCGAACAUCCACAGAGUACUUCCUGGAGGCCUGUUCUCGAGAGGAGAGGGAUGCCUGGGCCUUUGAGAUAACAGGGGCUAUUCACGCUGGGCAGCCAGGGAAGGUCCAGCAACUCCACAUAUUGAAAAACUCCUUCAAGCUGCCCCCUCACAUCAGCCUGCAUCGUAUCGUAGACAAGAUGCGCGACAGCAGCCGCGGAAUCCGGUCAAGCCCCAACAUGGAGCAGGGAAGCACCUACAAAAAGAGCUUCAUAGGCUCCUCCCUGGUGGACUGGCUCAUCUCCAACAGCUUUGCUGCCAACCGUCUGGAGGCCGUGACCCUGGCCUCCAUGCUCAUGGAGGAGAACUUCCUUAGGCCGGUAGGCACCCGAAGCGUGGGAGCCAUUCGCUCUGGGGAUCUGGCCGAGCAGUUCCUGGAUGACUCCACGGCCCUGUACACUUUUGCUGAGAGCUACAAGAAGGAGAUAAGCCCCAAGGAAGAAAUCAGUCUCAGCACCAUGGAGCUUAGUGGCACAGUGGUAAAACAAGGCUAUCUGGCCAAGCAGGGGCACAAGAGGAAAAACUGGAAGGUGCGGCGCUUUGUUCUGAGGAAGGACCCGGCUUUCCUGCAUUACUACGACCCUUCCAAAGAAGAGAACCGGCCAGUGGGUGGGUUUUCUCUCCGUGGUUCACUGGUGUCUGCUCUGGAGGAUAAUGGCAUUCCCGCUGGAGUUAAAGGGAAUGUCCAGGGAAAUCUCUUCAAAGUGAUUACUAAGGAUGACAUACACUAUUACAUCCAGGCCAGCAGCAAGACUGAGCGAGCUGAGUGGAUUGAAGCUAUCAAAAAGCUAACGUGACCAAGACCUGAGGAAACGGAACCAGGAUUCCUCCCUCUUACAGGAUACAGACAGGAUCUCCUGGAGAAUGGGAAUGUGUUAAGACUUUUAACUUCUUUGUAUAUUUUGUACUGCUUUGGAGUGAGACUUGUGAAGAGUUCCUUAGAUUAUAAUCAGCAGUGGUGCUAUUUCCUUCCCCUGGAAAUGCUAGAACAGCCAUUAGGCGUCAGCAUCUUGACUUUGGCCCAACAUCACAGCCAGCCCUUCCUUGGGCACGGAAGUAGUUUCCCUUGUUGUAACAUUAACUGGACAUGUGGUAAACGAAAUAAAACGCUAGUCUCGUGGCAGCUCUCUCUGAAAUGCUGUCAACAAAUAACUCCUUCUUUGGAAUUAAUAAAAAUUGACA